UACACCUCACUGGAUGUUAACCGGCUAAAGAAGAAGAAGAACAGCUUCAGAGGUCCGGCUGCUGAAUUUGAGGAAGAAUUUACGAGAGGUUUCAUCCUAAGUAUGGCGUCUGUGGAUCAGGUGGCAGCAAUAGGUCGGGUUCUUGUUGAUCCAGGUUUGGACCUGACCCAACGCUUCAGAGCUUUAUUUACCCUGAGGAACCUUGGAGGUGCUGAAGCUAUAGAAUGGAUCAGCAAGGCGUUCACUGAUGACUCGGCUUUGCUGAAGCAUGAGUUGGCCUACUGCCUGGGACAGAUGCAGGACACACGAGCCAUCCCCGUUUUAACAGAUGUUCUCAAAGACAGAAGUCAGGAACCCAUGGUCAGGCAUGAAGCAGGAGAGGCUCUGGGAGCGAUUGGAGACUCGGUGGUUCUGGACCUACUGAAAGAGUACUGCCAGGAUCCUUUCAUAGAGGUUGCAGAGACGUGUCAGUUGGCCGUUCGUCGGCUCGAGUGGUUACAGAGUGGUGGAGAAUCGGAGCUGGAGGACGGCGGCACAGAUAAAAACCCCUACUGUUCUGUAGACCCGGCCCCUCCAGCACAGAGGAGGAACGUGUCGGAGCUGCGCUCUGCUCUGUUGGAUGAGAGUCUGCCGCUGUUCGAACGUUACCGAGCCAUGUUUGCCCUGAGGAACCUGGGCACGGAGGAGGCUGUGCUGGCUCUGGGAGACGGGUUGCAGAGCUCCAGCGCUCUGUUCCGCCACGAGAUCGGCUACGUCCUAGGUCAGAUGCAGCACCCGGCAGCGGUCCCGGCCCUGCGCGCGGCCCUGGAGCGCUCCGACGAGAACCCCAUGGUGCGCCACGAGGCGGCGGAGGCGCUGGGCUCCAUCGGGAGACAGGAGUGUCUGGCCGUGUUGCAGUCUUACCGUGACGACCGAGAGCGAGUGGUGAAGGAGAGCUGCGAGGUCGCCCUGGACAUGCUGGAGUACGAGAACAGCGAGCAGUUCCAGUACGCAGACGGACUAGUCCGGUUGAAAGAUCAGCUCUGACAGGACCGGGUAGCGCUGGGGAACCUUCACAAACAAAUGUCACAUCAUUUAAAAACUGCAGGACCUCGAUGGAUGAAGCCUUACUAUAGGAACAAUACUCUUCAGAUCAAGAACUGAACUGUUGUCCACGUAUGACUUACUUAAAGAACCAAAGUAAAUUAAAACAAAUGCAUAGUAUAUCAUUUUAAGAAGAAAAAAGAAAUAAAAGUUCUUAUAAUGAGGAUCAGUAACUACAGUAGCAUCAUGCCUCUUGUUUGAGACUUGUACAGUACACACAACCCACCAGGUGAGGGCAGUCAACACAGAUCUGUUAUUUCUACAUCUUAAAUUUUCAGCUUCCACAGAAUUAUACUUUAAUUAAACCUGUGAGUUUAAAAGU